GGCACAGGACGCAGAGAUGCAGGCUGAGGAGUACAACCUUCGAGGUAAGGAGCUGGUGGACUACAUCACCAAGUACCUGAGCACCAUCCAGGACCGCAGAGUCAUUCCAGACGUGAAACCAGGUUACAUGACCGCCCUCAUCCCCGAACGUGCGCCCGCAGAGUCCGAGGACUGGGACGCCAUCUUUGAGGACUUCCAGAGAGUCGUCAUGCCGGGAGUGGUUCACUGGCAGAGUCCUCACAUGCACGCUUACUACCCCAGUCUGACAUCAUGGCCGUCCUUGUUGGGAGACAUGUUGGCAGACGCCAUCAACUGUGUGGGCUUCACUUGGCCAAUAAACAUCGAGCUUGCACGAGUGUUCGCCAAUAGCGUAGAAGAGCCCGCCCACUUAGGGCAAAAUCAAUGUUGUGCAAGCAGGGCGGAAGUGAGCUGA